GCUGAUGUCCUAUUAAAGAUGAAAAUAGUUUUGUUUGUUCAGAUACUAAUUGUCUGCGCUUCUGCAGAGAAGACAUUCUUUGACACGGACAACACCUUUGCUAGUUAUCGUAACUGGGUAGUCAGGGAUAAAGGAAUCUUGCUGUUUUCCUUCAGUACAUAUAAAGAAAAUGCCCUUCUUCUGUACACUGAUGGUGGAGUAGAUGGAUCACAAGACUUUUUGAAAGUUCAGCUUGUUAAUCAGAAGAUGGUUGUGCACUCGAAUUUUGGCAGUGGCACUGAAAUAUUUGAAAUAGGGGAGAGGCUGUCAAACGGAGUUUUUCACUCAGUGAGAAUUCAAGUAGGAUCUGGUGUCAUAACUGUUGUCCUUGAUGAUGCUUUUAGCAAGGAGCAGCGCUUUGACAACUCUGCAGCAGACAACACUCUACAACUUUCAUCUUCUCUCUUUAUUGGAGGUGUAAGCAAAUUCACAACCUUUGAUCUAAUUGAACCAGACAUGAGCCUUGAACCUCGAUUUUCUGGGUGUAUAAGUGGAUUGAAGUUCACAAAAGCAGAUGGAGAAACUCUGGCACCUCCCAAUUGUGUGGAAGAAGAGGGAACUGCUGAGGGAUGUGAGGCAACAGCUUGUGAAAACCUUUCUUACACAGACUCCUGCAGGAACGGGGGCAAGUGCGAGCCCCAACUUGAUGGUUAUGUUUGCAACUGUGAGGGUACCGGAUAUUCUGCAGACAGAUGCACGACAGCUGCCACUGUAGCGAAAUUCCAAGCAAGCGAGUACAUCAAAUACACGGCUCAAGAUGACCCGAUCGUCUCAAAGUACGAUUCCCUCUCAUUCAGGAUCAAGACAUCCAGGACGGACGGACUUGUUUUCUACUACAAGACAGAUAACUUCUUUAUGUCGGUGGAGGUAGUGGAAACAGAAUUGAGUCUCAACGUGGGAUUCGGUACCAGUCAGCAACUCAUUUCCCUUGAGGACAACUUCUUCAUCUGUGAUAACGAGUGGCACACAGUUCACAUCGGCAGAUACGAGUCCUUCAUAACCCUGGAGAUAGACGGCUCCCAGAUAUCAGCUCAACUUGCUAACCCCACCCCUGUCAGAUACAACAAGGACAUCUUCAUCGGAGGUGGAGAGAGUUUGACUCAGCUGGACGGUGUAAGAAGUCAGCUGAACUUUGUUGGAUGUCUCCAACAACUCACAUUCAACAAGAUGAAGAUGCUCAAGGAUGCUAAGGCUGAUGGUUUGGGGUACUCUGUUCAUGGUAGACUCGACUGGAUGUGCAGUAAUAUUCAGUACGUCCCCGUGACAUUCGGCUCAUCAGAGUCUAAGUUAGAGUUGGAUCAGUGGAUGUUGAACAGAGGGCUAUCUCUGCAGUUCAAAACUUCAUACCCUGAUGGUAUUAUAGCGUUUACUGGCACCGAAUCAACUUAUCUUUCCUUGGAACUUAUCGAGGGGAGCCUUGUCUUUACCGCUCAGAAAAACGGAGAGAAAACCACAGCACAAGUAGGCUCCAACCUAGCUGACAGUAACUGGCACAGUCUAACAGCCCGGUACGACACCACCACCAUCACGCUCCACAUCUACGGGGAUGUUGGAGACGUUCAGGAGGAUUCAGCUCGCUUCAGGGUCCAGGGAGACUUCAACAUUAGAUCGCCCCUUAUGCUUGGAGCAGCUGACGAGAGUAGCCCCCUCUUCAAGUCUGGGUACCGGGGUUGUAUCCGAGGCUUCUCCAUCCAACAAGAAGUGAUAGACCUCUACACCAAGCUGGUAACCCAGCCUCCUGGAGUGGUGGCAGGAUGUGGUAGUCUGGAUGAAGCGUGCUCCAUACAGCCGUGUUACCAUGGUUCCGUGUGUAAUCAGGAGAUGAAUAGCUUCACGUGUGAUUGUACGGGGACGGGGUAUGAAGGGACUGUGUGCUCGGAGGAGGCUAAACCUCUCACUUUCUCUGGAGAUCAGUAUUUGAGACAGCUUACUAGCUUCCCUGAACCUAAGAGAGAGCGAGAUUCUAUUUCGUUGAGGUUUAGAACUCAAGCAGAGAAUGGCCUGAUAAUGUUUGUCACAACCGACACUUACAAUGACAAAUACAUGUACUUUGAGAUUCUUGAGAGUAAACUUUACGUGAUAGUCCACUACGGAAUUCAGAAGUUCUUCAGACUAGAACCAAUAGUUUCUGAUGGCAGAUGGCAUGUUAUCGUCUUCAACAGAGUCGGAAAUAAGAUUACUCUUCGCCUUGACAACACUGAAGACCAGUUCACAUUCAGAGACCCAGUAGAAUUCCCCUACCGGUACGCUUAUCUUGGCAAAGCACCUGAAAACGAGUGGCGUAAUGUUAUGCGUAUGACCAAAUCCCGCCAAGCUUUCGACGGUUGUCUCCAGCAAGUGAAGUUCAACGGUAACGAUCUUAUCACGUUGAUGGGGGCCGCUAACAUUUUCACCAACGCCAGACAAGGCUGCAAAUUCCAGGAGACAACAGACCAACAAGUUGCAGCGUUUAUCCGGUCCACCUACCUAGGACUGCCACCAUGGGCCGCCACCAACACCUCCUCUGUCCUCAAGUUCAACUUCAGAACCAGGGAGAGCAGUAGUCUCAUCCUCUUCCACGGUGAUGUGGAGGCAGAUUACGUGGCUAUUGUGCUGGAGGGAGGAGUCCUCAAGACUACCCUGCAAAUCGGUGACGGCUCAAGGACGGUCUCUGCUCUAAUGCCAGGACUGAACGAUAACAUGUGGCACAGUGUCUUACUAGAGAUCACCUCUCAGAUCUUUAUCCUUGAAGUGGAUGAAAUGCCCAUGCAACAACCGCUCAGCGAGUCCAACUUUGAUUUUACCGGUGGUCUGUACAUCGGUGGAAUACCUGAAAACGUGAACUCUUCUCUGCUACCGUACGGCAUGCAAGCAAAUCCGUACUUCCUUGGCUGUGUCAAGGCCCUUAUUGUAAACGAUGUGAUCCAGGAUUUAUUGCAAGCUGGAAACGGAAAAUCAGGUGUCAGGUCGGAAUGUGAGGGAACGUGUGCCGCCUACCCCUGUCAAAACGGUGGCAGCUGCCGGCAAAUGGAAAACCAGUUCGACUGUCUCUGUUCUGGAUCUUUCUUCAAGGGAAAAACUUGCUCAGAAGAAAUGUCGAAAGUACGAUUCACGCCUGGCAGUUCACUGAGUUAUACACUUUACGAGCACAAGACUACUAUCCGAGAUGAUCUCCACAUCAAGUUUAAAACCACCGACUCUUUCGGGGGGCUGACUCAGAUUGAAACGGGAGACCCGAACCAGUUUAUCAAAGUCGUCAUCAAAGAUACGUUCCUGGAAUUGACCAUGAAUAUCGGACAAGAGCGGGUGUUUGCAAGAUCCCCGUCCCCUGUUAACGACGACACACCACACACCCUUAGCUUCUGGAGACGUAACACGGCAGUUUCCUAUUCCUUUGACGGCGGAGAAAUAACCAGAUCCUCACUGAACUCUGUGGGAAGCCUGGAGUUUGGAGUGAUAAUGAACAUCCGGCUCAGCUUCCCCUACAACAGCAUGCAGUUUAGCGGGUGUAUCCUAGGGUUUGACUAUAACGGGAUAACUCCCCUGGAGGAUACUAAUCUUCCCAACAUUGUGAAAUCUCCUGGGAUUGUGGAGGGAACGUGCGAUAUAACACCCCCUACUACAUCUAAACCUAUUGUCACCGAGGGUAACCCUGAUCCUGAUCCAGAGGAUCCAGAUAAAGGUGGUAAUGAUACUGAUAAUCCAGAUGAUCCUGAUGAGAAUGGUAAUGAGGUGGAUCCUGAUAGUAAAACCACAGCUCCAAAACCAAUAUCAGACAAUAACUCUACCCAACAGACUCAAGUUAAGAGCAAAUCAAGUCUCGGGCUUCCUUUCAUACUCCUGAUAGCGGCUGGCGGCUUCAUAUGUAUACUGUUAGUUGUAUACGGUGUAAGCCGGUUUGCCAGGCGGCGUCAGGGCGUUUAUAAGACAAACGAGGACAAGAGAGUUGAGGAUCAACAGAGAAUUGAGUAUGAUAAACUUACCAUGCAUGAGGAGGCUUUCGAACUGCCAUCAAAACGAGAGUUAUACAUGUGACUGUGAUAAUAGGUCGUCAGAUUUAGUUGAGAAGUCUCAAAUUGUUCAAGUCACAGCAUAGGAUAAGGGUAGUUUCGCGUCGUGGCGUAUUGGGGGUUGUUGUGGACCCCAGGGUGAGGGUGAAAUUGUUUGGGGGAAGAGAAAUAUAAAGACGCUGAAUUUAUUAACCCCGGAGAGGUAAUUGAUUGAUCGAUAUAACGCAAGUUUAUUGAAGUAUUUUUGUUUUUGUUUAAUUUUUAUUUGAGUUAAUAUGGUGCGUUAGUUCAGAUGAUUUUAUAAACACCAUGCAGCUCAAUCCGUUCGAACAUUUUAGUUUCAAUUCCAGUACAGAAGAUGAGGAUCAACUUGAGCUCAAAUCCGUUGCUUCACUUUUUUGUUUUAAUCAUAUCUUGAAAUUUACAUAAUAUAUAUAUAUAGAUGUUUACACGUUUUACAUGUUAUAUAACAAAGUUUUAUCAAGGCUUGUACUCAGAUGUUGAAGAUGCAUUCGUUCUAAAUUGUGUUCGAAAUUUGACAAAGUCAUAUGUAAUUUUUUAUCGGAUUUGUGAUAUUUUAUUAUUUCGCUUGGUCGACAUAAUUGUUGCCGAUUUGUUAGUUUAUAUUCUAUAUAUUCAUAGAUUUCUUAUUAGUAGAGUUUUCAAACUGAGUACAAACGUCUAGCGCAAGAUUAAGUGGCACUUUUCAUUUUAUCGAUAAAUCGAGAGAUAAAUUAUUGCAAAACCUUUGGCACCUGAGGUUAAUUUUUUGAAUACCAUAUCAGUAAAUGUAAUGAGCGUGGUGUUUAGUAAUUUAUUAUUUAUAAGCUGAAUCAGCUCACUUCAACGUUAAAUUCUACAAAAUGUAAACCGUUAGCGAACAAAACUCCUCAAAAGCAGAGCAAAUCAUGACAUGGUUUACAUUUUGUGAAGCCAUUACGAUCAAUACAGUGUCAAACAGCUUUUUGUACAUAGACUUCAUUUAUAUGUUUUAUUUUUAAAAAUUGACUAACAAAA